AUGUUGAACCAUCCUAAAACAUGCCUAGCUUUAUUAUAUUUAUUGCUUUUAUUGGGAGAAGCAAGUUGCAAUUAUUUUCACUCGGAAUUAAGCUUAGCUAAUGAUAAAACUUCUAUAGUACGCAAAUGUUGCCCCAAAGAGAGGCUUAGACAUCAUCGAAAAAGACCGUUGCAUUGCUGCCAGGAUGGGUUAUUCGGUAUUGAGGAAUAUGGGUAUUUAUUAAAGGAAUGUGCAGAUCAGGGUGUUUCGAGUGAUUCCAUAGUCAAAACAAUUAGAUGUGCUCAACAAGAAAUACACGGUGAAAAUGCAGUGGAGAUCUGCAAAGCCUAUUGCUGCGAAUUAUUCAGAGAUAGUCAUUGCUCUAAAUUAUGCUUAACAAAUAUUACCAAAGUUAACAUGUCUAUUGAAAUAUUAUUUGAGCUGUUGAAAAAAUGCAGGAAUCAUGAGAAUUAUGGGGAAGUCCAUGACUGUAUCCAUUCAAAAAGACCAAAAAACAUGGAUGCCGCAGAGUUGGAAAUUUAUUGUAAAAAAGCUAUUAAUAUGGUCUAA